GGGCAACGAAGACAUCGAUGGAGAUUGAAAGGGAAUCUGCUCAAUGAACGCGAAAAUAUGCUUUUUUGCAAGUCAUGUCUGUGACAAAUUUUCAAAACGCGAACGCGUUCCUAGAUCUUUUUCAAUUUUUUUCCGAACCUAUUAUUUCUCUUUGCACCUAAAUUUUUUUACAUUUGUAAAGCAAAAUGGCUACAUUCGGUUGGGAUCAAGGUAGAAUUACUGCCACCUCAGUACUACCUGGAGAAGAACAAAAACAAUCACCCUCUGAAAUCAGCAAAUUCUUUUAUGAGUUCCUGCAAAAUUUUCGUAUUAACAACAGCUUUGUCUACAGAGAUCAAUUAGCGAACAAUGUGCGUAUGAAGGAAUACUAUGUGGAAGUUGAUUUAAGUCAUCUCAUCAGUUGGGACAAUGCACUAGCAGAUGAACUUAUGAAUAAACCAGCAGAAUUUUUACCUUUGUUUGAAAUUGCUGCGAAAGGAGCUGUAAAACGAAUUCUUCACGUCAAUCCAACAGAAAUACUUGAUUCGGACGUACCCGACUGCCAAAUUAUUCUGAAAUCAGAUGCCAAUGUUACUCAAAUUCGUGAUUUGAAUUCUGAUUAUAUUGGUAAACUUGUACGUAUUCCAGGCAUUGUUAUCGGCGCUUCUACACUCAGUUGCCGAGCUACACAAGUGACAGCCAUGUGUAAAGAUUGUCGUAGUCUCAAAGUCAUUCCUGUCAAAGGCGGAUUUGCAGGAAUCACCCUACCAAGAAAAUGUGAUAAAGAACCAUUAGCAGGAGAAAAAAAUCAAUGUUCGCAGGACCCUUAUAUUAUUGUUCACGAUAAGUGUCGAUUUGUUGAUUCUCAAGUCAUCAAAUUACAAGAAGCUCCUGAUAUGGUCCCAGUUGGUGAUCUACCUCGUCAUACAAUUUUGAAUGCUGACCGUUGGUUGACGAACCGUAUUGUCCCUGGCAUGAGGGCAGUUGUUUUAGGUAUAUACUCUAUUUAUCAAUCCAAGACAACUAAAGGAACAGGCGUUUCUGCUGUGAGAACACCCUAUAUUAGAAUUGUAGGUUUAGAAGUGGAUAAGCAUAACAGUGGGCGGGGUAAACCACAAUUCACCAAUGCAGAAGAGGAAGAAUACAUCAGAAUGUCCAAGCAGCCUGAUUUAUACGAAUCAUUCGCCAGAAGUAUCGCACCUUCCAUUUUUGGAAAUGGGGAUAUCAAAAAAGCCAUCACAUGUUUGUUAUUUGGUGGAUCCAAAAAGAUUCUUCCAGAUGGCAUGAGGCUCAGAGGAGAUAUCAGUGUGCUGUUGCUCGGUGAUCCAGGUACUGCUAAAUCCCAAUUGCUGAAAUUUGUAGAAAAAGUUGCCCCUAUUGCUGUCUAUACAUCUGGUAAAGGCAGUAGUGCUGCAGGUUUAACAGCUUCGGUUAUACGUGAUCCUAGUACUCGUGAUUUCUAUUUAGAAGGUGGUGCUAUGGUUCUUGCAGAUGGUGGUGUCGUAUGCAUUGAUGAAUUUGAUAAAAUGAGAGACGAAGAUCGUGUUGCUAUUCACGAAGCUAUGGAGCAACAAACAAUUUCUAUCGCUAAAGCUGGUAUCACAACAAUUCUUAAUUCUCGUACUUCAGUUCUCGCUGCAGCCAAUCCUGUAUAUGGCCGAUACGAUGAAAUGAAAACCGCAGGUGAAAACAUCGAUUUUCAAACCACCAUCUUGUCUCGUUUUGAUAUGAUUUUUAUUGUCAAAGACGAACACAAUGAAUUACGUGAUGUGUCGGUUGCUAAACACGUCUUAAAUGUCCAUAUGAACCGUACAAUUCAAGAUGCUGCAAUGCCUGAAAUUUCGCUUGAAAAGAUGAAAGCAUAUAUCAAUUAUUGUAAAGCUAAAUGUGCACCUCGUUUAACAGAAAAAGCAGCAGAUAAAUUAAGCAGUUACUUUGUCGAAAUCCGUAAAACACUAAAAGAGGCUGAAAGAGAUAGCCAAAUCAGAUCUACUAUCCCUAUCACGAUUAGACAAUUGGAAGCUAUCAUCCGUAUAUCUGAAUCCUUAGCCAAAUUGAGACUCUCGCCGGAAGCAACUGAACAAGAUGUAGAUGAAGCCAUUCGACUGUUCAAAUACUCUACUAUGGAUGCCAUCCAAAGUGGCGGAAGUGAAGGAAUGACUCAAAGUGAGCUUAUGAGCGAAGUACAUAUGAUCGAGGAUGAAAUUCAAAAGCGUUUGCCUGUAGGAUCGCAAGUUGCUGUUGCUGUUCUUAAAGGAGAUCUUAGACAAAAAGGUUUCUCUGACGCUGCAGUCAAUAAAGCACUGAGUAUUCUCGGUCGUAGAGAGACAUUAGCAUUCAGAGCACAAGGAAAGCUUAUUUUCAGACAAUCCGUGUAAUUAAUUCAAGAUAUCCCCUUCAUCCUUCUUGUAAAGAUGAUCUCAGUAAUAGAAUUUUAUUAUUUCAUACUAAAUUUACUUUAUUAAAUAAAAUCAUUGUAAUGGUUGGUACACCUAAUCAGAACUCAUCCU